UCUCCGGGAGCCACAGACCUCGCUCCACCAGCUCUCCUGCCAGCUCUCACACUCCAGGCACCGCAGCACCGAUCCUCCGAGCUCAGCCCCAAUGGCCCGCACCGCCACCGCCGCCGCUGCCGCAGCCCGCGCUCCCCGGUUCCUCCGGGCCGCGCUCCUGCUCCUGCUCCUGGCCGCCGCCUGCCGGCAAGCUGCAGCGGCGCCCACGGUCACUGAACUGCGCUGCCAGUGCUUGCAGACCUUGCAGGGAAUUCACCCCAAGGUCAUCCAGAGUGUGCAGGUGACGUCCCCAGGACCCCACUGCGACCAAACAGAAGUCAUAGCCACUCUCAAGAAUGGACAGAAAGUUUGUCUCAACCCCGCAUCCCCCCUGGUUAAGAAAAUACUGGACAAGAUGUUAAACAAGGGCAGCUCCAACUGACCAGAGGAAGCAGAUUGGUGGCUCUACCUGAAGCAAGCCCUGCCCUACAGAAAUCAAAGAGGAAAAAGAGGAAUCAUCAGCCCCCAAAGUCACCUUGAUUGGACUUAAUAUGCUUGAGCAUCUCUUAGGGGAGUUCUUCUACUUAUUUAUUUAUUUAUUGGUUAUUUUCAAAUAUUCUAUGUUAAUAUUUUACAUGUGAAAUCAUUAAGGAGUCAUUGGCUCUACUUGGGCAUUGUGCUGUUAUUUUUAUUGUUUAUAUUAUGGCAAACCCAGGUUCAUACCAUUCUGAUUCUUAUUCAAUUUGAAGGUAAAAUGUUUGCAAAUAUUCUCUAGUCAUUAAAGCAGUAUUUCUGAGGAGCCCACAGCAAUCUCAGCUGCUAUGAUAGAGGAUGGGGGAUCCAAGCAAUAGUUAGUAAGGGUAGGGGAAUGUAUGUGUGCAUCUAUUUUUGUACGUGUUUAAAAGAAUGCCAGUUGUUAUUUAUUGGAACAAUUUCACAGUAUGUGGUCAGCAUUUCUAAUGUUGAAGCUUUAAGAACUGAAUAUCCCUUGGACAUUUUCAUGUCUUUUGUGUAAGGCAUAAUGCCUUGUUUAGUGUCAAUUAUGCAAAGUUUGUGUCUUAAGACAAAGAGAUUUAAGUACUUAUUGAUGGUUUUGCAAAAAAAAAAAAGAACAUGAAAAUAAAAUAUGUCAAAAUAAA